AUUCACGUAACGUUAACCACGCGUGUAAACAGAGCGGUACCGCCACACUACCACAACAGCUGGUGGAGCUACCCAUACCACAGUGACCAAGAGUGUUGUCGUCGUCUUGUACGCGGUAGCCGAGUUGGCUGAGCGACGCACGCUGUCCGCUCAGUCUUCGCCAUGACUUCGUACGAUCGAGAUCGACGCAUUUGGAGCGGCCCGCGGCAGCCGUGCGUGUUCAACCCGGAGUGCAACUAUGGCCAGAUCGUGAUGAACCUGCUGGAGCGAUCGCCGGACAAGGUGAUCCAGAUCGACGGGGACACCGGCGCAACCAUGACGCGGGCCGAGAUGCGGCUGCGGAUUGUCCGGGCCGCUCAGAAUCUAACCAAACUUGGCUACGGCGUCGGAGACAUCGCGUCGGUGGUGGCGGUCAACUCGGAAAACCUGGCGCCACUGGUUCUGGCCCUGCAGGUCAUCGGCGUCGGGUUCAACGCGCUCGCGCCCAGCUUCGACGCCGACGAAAUGGCCCACAUGAUGCGCCAGACGGAGUCUAAGUUGGUGUUCUGCGACGCGGACAACUACGACACGGUUCAGGUGGCCACACGGAAGGUCGGCUUCGGCGGCCGGAUCUUCGUGAUGGAGAACGCGCCAAACGAGGAGUGCGCGGUGGAUCAGCUGUUUCGGACGACCGGCAUGGAGCAUGUGUUCUACCCAAAGUACUUAGGCGACUCAUACAACCUGAUCGCCAACAUCACCUGCUCAUCCGGAACGACCGGCCUUCCCAAAGGUGUCUGCUACUCCCACGCCCAGACGAUCGCCGGGUUCUGCAAAGUGGCCAACUUCGACGACGGCAUCUGCCUCAACUUCAGCACCCUCUACUGGGGCACCGGCGUGUACGUGCUCAACAUGGCCGUCAUGAACAACUCGACGCGGCUCAUCACGCGGCGCCCCUUCUCGACGGAUCUGUUCUUCGAGUUGAUCCGGAAGUACAAGAUACGGUUUCUGUACACGCCGGCUUCGUACGCCGCGGCCAUCGCCAGUGAUCCCCGGGUGGCCGGCACCGAUCUGACCAGUAUUAAGUUUUGGGCGCUGGGCGCGUCCAACGUAUCGGAGAGCAUCCGUGACACGGUGGACGAGCUGGUGAAGGGGCACGGGAGGUCGUACAACUUUUACGGCACGUCGGAGAGUGGAUUUUUGGCGGCGGAUUUCUUCAAGCGGAAACCGAACGCCGUGGGGAAGGUCGGGACGAACAUGCAGGUCCGGAUACUGGACGAGGACGGGAAUCCGCUGGGGGUGGGGGAGCAGGGCGAGGUUGUGGUGCAGUCGCUGGGGAUCAAGUUUUUGGGUUACUACAAAAACGAGGAAGCCUCCCGGGAAGCCCUGGACAAGGAGGGUUGGUUCCGCACCGGUGACAUCGGAUACUUUGACGAGGAGCAGUACCUGUAUUUGGUGGAUCGCAAGAAGGACAUCUUCAAGUACAUGGGCAACCAGGUGUCUCCGUCGGAGGUGGAAGCGGUUAUUGAAAAACUUCCGGGAGUGCAGCACGUGUGCGUCACCGGACUGCCCAACGAGGACAAAACGUCCGACCUGGUGACGGCGGUCAUUCAGCGGGAACCCGCCGGUCCACAGUUGACGGCCGCCGAGGUGAUCGACCACGUGGCCAAGCAUUUGAGCGAUCCGAAGCACCUGCGAGGGGGUGUGUUCUUCGUGGAGGAGUUUCCAAUGACCACGAAUGGGAAGAUCAUUAGAAGGAAGGUUCGGCAGAUGUUGCUGGACGGUGUCAUUAAUUAGGGUAGAGUAAGGUGAAAGGUCAUUAGGUCAUUCAUUUUGUAAUACUAAUUUUGUGAAAAUCAUGUACUGGUCAUAAUAGAUUGUAAUUGUUUACGAAAUAAAAAAGGAAUAUUAUCUAAA